AACCUGCAGCCAAGUGAAAGAAGCUCAUGGCAGUCCACGAGCAACACUGCCAACAAGGGCAAACAACAAAGAGAAGGGUGGGGGUGCAAGGAACACCCGACCCAGUGCAAGCACCAUAUCAAAGCACACCAACUCGAAACACCACAACAAAUUGCGGUAAAUGGUGAUUGAAGCUUGGAAAUUAGAUGAAUAUGGAUGAGAGACAGAGGGAGAGAAGAAGGCAAAUCGACCAAUAAAACCAGGGAAGAAAAUAACGGAUGAAAGAGGAAAAAGAGAGGAAGAAAGAAACAAAAGAAAACCCACGGAUCCCAACCGGAGCUAGGAUCGACAGCACCAGAAUUGAACUACCACUCACACAACUCGGUGAGAUUAACCCUCCCACAUAGGGAAGGUCUCUCACGGAGAAAGGAAAGUUUCGGGUUUUUAGAAUACUGAUGCACACACUAUACAUUCUUCUUCUUUUAAGUUUGGUUUCUAUUCAUGGUAAUUGUAUUGUAACUCGAUCAUGAAUGCAAAUUUCAGUAAAACAAAAAGAAAAUUAGUUUUUAAUUUUUACCAAAAAAAAAAAAAAAAAUUUUGACUUGGGCACGCAAAUCAACUUCAUUGAAGUGGAAUCAACCAACUCUUCUUCUUCAAAAGUCAAAAUAACAGUAAUCUUCUUCACCUGGGACACACAGCAGCCGAUCACUUUAAUCAGACAUGAAGAUACUCGUCACCGGCGCCUCCGGUUACUUAGGCGGAAGAUUAUGCCGCGCACUACUGAAACAAGGCCACUCCGUCCGCGCCCUCGUCCGCCCCACCAGCGACCUCUCCUCCCUUCCUCCACCGUCAUCCACCGGUAACGCUUACCUCGAGCUUGUCUACGGCGACGUCACUGACUACGAAUCCCUCCUCUCCGCCUUCUCCAACUGCGAAGUCGUUUUCCACGCCGCCGCCGUCGUGGAGCCCUGGCUUCCCGACCCCUCCAAAUUCUUCUCCGUCAACGUCGGGGGAUUGAAGAACGUGCUGCGAGCGGUCCGGGAGACGAAGACCGUACAGAAAAUCAUCUACACGUCGUCGUUUUUCGCGCUCGGAUCAACCGACGGCGGCGUCGCUGACGAGACGCAGGUCCAUCACGAGAAGUUCUUCUGCACGGAGUACGAGAGAUCGAAAGCCGCCGCCGAUAAAAUCGCGCUGCGAGCCGCACAGCAAGAGGAGCUGCCGUUGGUGCUGCUUUAUCCCGGAGUCAUCUACGGCCCCGGAAAGCUCACCGCCGGCAACGUCGUCGCUCGGUUGGUCGUCGAGCGAUUCAACGGCCGGUUGCCGGGGUACAUUGGCUCCGGGAACGACAGGUAUUCGUUUAGCCAUGUGGACGACGUCGUAGACGGCCAUAUCAGAGCAAUGGCAAAAGGUCGAACAGGUGAGAGGUAUCUGCUGGCAGGCGAAAACGCGUCGUUUAAGCACGUUUUCGAUGUGGCGGCGGUGAUCACACAAACCGGCAGGCCGAAAUUUGGGAUCCCAUUGUGGCUGAUUGAGGUGUACGGAUGGGCGUCUGUUCUUUUCUCUCGGAUCACUGGGAAGCUUCCCCUGAUUAGUCCUCCGACUGUUUAUGUUCUGAGGCAUCAGUGGGCGUAUUCGUACGAGAAGGCGAAGGCCGAGCUGGGUUAUAAUCCUAGAGGAUUGAAAGAAGGAUUGGGGGAGGUGUUGCCAUGGCUCAAGAGCUUGGGUUUGAUCAGAUACUAAUCCUAUCAACUUUAUGUUGUUAACUAGUGAAACUUUUCGGUAGAACAGAAUGUGGUGCUAUGCAACAAUGUGUUGAUAUCAAGUUGGUGUUUUUGAUUUGUGUGUUAA